UUAUUUCACAAAUAUAGUUAGUAUGUUUGUGUACGUGGUACGUGUAGUAUUACUUUAUUUUUUUCUAUAGUCUUAAAUACUCUUUUAAAUUGAUAAUUGUUUUAGAUUUUUUUUGAUUAAAACUGAGAUGAAAAUAAAAUAACGUAAAAACCAUAAUUAUGAUUACAACUCAACUUUUCCAAUACUCACAUAUAUAUUAUGUUCAUUAAAUCAGGUCUCAUGGAGCUAUCAUUCUAUUGGUUUUACAACAAUGUUUUGAGAUCUGCAUCCAAAUCACAAAAAAAAAAAUGUAUCAAUUGCAUUCCGCCUCUUGGAAGGGUUUUCAGGGUGGCCAAACGUGGGAGCCGUGACAGCGCACCACCAAAAAGGAAAACAAACAGUAACGAGCUGGUACGCCGACAUGUCUAAGGAUGAGUCACGUGACCGGGACGGCGACACGACGCCGGAUGGACAGGAGACCGUCUGGUCGCGAACAAAGCGAGCGCUAAGCGCAAUCCACGUGGAACCACUGGUGUGCUGUUACAUCGUGUCCCGGACGGUCAUUAUGCUGGCCAACCAGAACCUGAGCCUGCAGAAGGCGUGCUCGGUGAACCUCCAGUUUGACGACGACACGUGCGCCGCGCUGCUGGCCAAAUCCAAGACGAACGCCAGUGACCCACUGCACCAGUAUGAGGUGGCCACUCAGCGGCUGGUGGCCGACAUGCUCUUGUGGCAGUUGGUCGUCCAGAGCAUUGUGCCGUGCGCGCUGGCCGUGUUCGUCGGGUCCUGGAGCGACCGGCGGCGGAAGCGUGUGCCGUGCAUGCUGAUGCCCGUGGCCAGCGAACUGGCCCGCGUCGUUGGCCUGGUGGCCUGCGUCUACUGGUUCAGAGAGCUCCGCAUGGAGGUGGUCGGCAUCGUCGAGGCGGUGCCUACGUCACUGGCCGGCGGCAGAAUGGUUCUGUUUAACGCGAUGUUCAGCUAUGUGGCCGACGUCACCGGGGAAGAAAUGAAAACUCUACGAAUCGGUAUUGUCAACUUACUAUCCACAGUAGGCAUGGCUAUCGGUACAGCGUUGUCUGGUAUUACAUUUCAGAAGCUAGGGUUCUAUGGUGUGUACGGUUUGUCUUCAGCCCUAUGUGUAAUAGGUCUUCUGUAUGGUCUAGUAUUUAUAAAAGAAGUGUCACCCAACGAACAGGAGAAUACAACAACACAGACAAGAAAUGAUGGUUUGUUUAAUGGUUUUUUCAACGCAAAACACAUUCGAGAAGCUUUUAAAGUGACGUUCAAGGACGGUCCACAUAAUCGAAAACUCAGAAUAAUCAUGUUAAUGUUAAUUGCAUUUUUAAUCAUGGGACCUUUAAACGGUGAUCUUUCGGUAUCGUAUUUGAAUACGCGUGCCCGAUUCAGAUGGAACGAAGUUGAUUUCAGUGUGUUUUCUACUUUCUCCAUGGUCACUAGUGUAGUAGGUACAGCAAUUUGCAUUGGCUUAUUUAGCCACGUGCUUAAAAUCGACGAUAGUUUAAUUGGAGUGAUGGCAUGUGCAGGAAAAAUUGCUGCUGGAGUAUGUUACGCUUUGGCGACAGAACAAUGGGUAUACUAUUUGGGACCGUUAGUAGACAUUAUGGGAGGUACGAUUUUCAUAACAGCGAGAUCAAUUAUGGCAAAAAUAGUUGGACCCGAUGAAUUAGGACAAGUUACAGCCAUUUACGGCAUCGUCGAAUCGCUUGUUCCGAUCGUGUUCGGUCCGCUAUAUACGGUGAUCUACAAAAGUACAGUAGACACGUUACCGGGAGCGUACAGUUUAAUAGGAUCAAUCUUAGCCAUACCGGCGACUGUAAUAUAUUUAUGGAUGUACAAAGAAAGUAAACAAUCACAAAAAAUCGACGAUAAAUCUGUAAAAAUUGAGAAUGACAAACUUUGAAGUAAUGCAAACCACCAGGCGAUUAUCAAUUGGAUUAAUCAUCACUGAAAGUUAAACAUUUUCGAGAUCAUCAACGUGGAAGCAUCGAGGAAAAAUAUAUUCAAAUUGUUAUUGUAAAAAAUAAAAUAAUACAAUUUGUAUAGUUAUAAAGAAAAA